AUGUUCAUGAACACACUGCACCAUGCCAAGUUUUGGAGAACCGCUUUUCUGAAGACUAGAAGGAUUUUUCAAAAUGACGCAUAUACUGCAUUUAACAGAAACGAAAGGAAAAGACGCGCCACAAUUGUGUAUGACCGCGUUCAAGCGAAAGAGGAAAAAAUUAAAAAAGGAACAUCACCCAGAUUAGGCCCCGAGGAAAAUGCACAGGAAGACAAAUCACAGCAAAUGGAAGUACCACCCGCUAGGAGAAAAGACAAGGAUGAGUUUAACCAAAAGAUAAAAACCUUCUAUGUAGAAAAGAACGUUUAUUUUCUUGUGGGAUGCUUAUUUUCCUUGUACAGUAUAUUUGUGUAUGAUUUCUUCACAAACAGGUGUGUGCAAAUAUUUUCCAAUUUUUUUUUUUUUAUUUUUCAUUUUACUAGGAAGACAGUGAAUAUGUUAGCCUGCGCAGUGCAUGCUCUGUUUAUUUUUUUUCAAGUGUGCGUUCUGUUCCUUAAAUUCGGCUCCAACUUGAACUUGCCAUUUGGUAAAUGA